ACAGAAAUGACAGUUUCGUUACAAUGUGUUACGUAAGAUCUCGGCAGCCGGAUGCACUUCUCGCGAUACUUGCCGGACUGUGUGUGAGUGAGUGUCAACAUCGGCCCGCAGCGCAGCGUCCUGAGUCAGGGGAGGAAUCGGGAUUGCCGUGUGAGAUGGGGGAUGACAGGCCUUUCGCUUGCACUGCCCCUGGCUGUGGGCAGCGGUUCACCAAUGAAGACCAUCUAUCGGUCCACAAACACAAACAUGAAAUGACUCUGAAGUUCGGUCCUGCACGGACGGACUCGGUCAUCAUCGCAGACCAGACCCCAACCCCCACCCGAUUCCUGAAGAACUGCGAGGAGGUGGGGCUGUUCAACGAGCUGGCCCACUCCUUCGAGCAGGAGUUUCGUAAAGCACAGGACGAUGACCACAGAACCAAGAACACGAAUGUCCCACUGCAGACACCGUCGGAGGUCAAGGGUGAGGUCCAGGGUCCGCUGCAGGUGGACUCGUCCCCUCCAGGGAGCCCCGACUCCACCUCCAGCAUGUCAGACGACAGCCGGGAACCCCCGGAGAUGGAGCCCCCAAAGCCUGCCCCCAGCUCUGCCCCCACCCCUACCAUCGUGCGCCCGGGUUCGCUGCCCCUCCACAUGGGGUUUGACUCACUGAACCCCACGCUCCCCUCCCCCACGUCGGUCAUCACGCAGACCCCGCCCUCCAACAGACAGCUGGGGUCCCCGACGGCCUCGUACCCGCUGGUCAUGCACCUCCCUAACGGCCAGACGCUGCCUCUGCUGCCCAGCCCGGUGCAGAUGACCUCCGUCAUAUCGCUGGCCCGGCCGCUGAACGCCGUGCCCAACGUUCCCGGGAUCCCCGGCCCCCCGGUGGGCGGGGCCAGCAGCGGCUCCUCCUCCCCGUCCGGGUACAGCAUGCACGCCGACGCCAAGAUGCGUCUGAAGGCGGCCCUCACCCAGCAGGGCCUGGUAGUACACAACGGCUCUGCCAGGGGGGGCCCGAGCGGGGGGGGCCCCAGCGGGUCCGCGGUCCCUCAGAGACCCGAGCAGAACCAGCAGCCCAUACAGCAGUCUGAUGCACUGUCGCCUGCUCAGCCCCAGGUACGCACACACCUGGUGUCGCCUGCCCCAGGUACGCACACACACCUGGUGUCGCCUGCCCCAGGUACGCACACACCUGGUGUCGCCUGCCCCAGGUACACACACACACCGGGUGUCGUACCCACACACCUGGUGUCGUACCCACACACCUGGUGUCGCCUGCCCCAGGUACACACACACCUGGUGUCGCCUGCCCCAGGUACGCACACACACCUGGUGUCGCCUGCCCCAGGUACGCACACACACCUGGUGUCGCCUGCUCCAGGUACGCACACACACCUGGUGUCGCCUGCUCAGGCACAGGUCCGCACACACGUAGUGUCGCACCCACACACCUGCUGUACCUGCUCAGCCCCCCCAGGUACACACACACACACACACACACGUACACACACACACACACACACACACACACACACACACACACACACACACACACACACACACACACACACACACACACGUACACACGUACACACGUCCCGGCACACACCUCUUGGGGAGACUAGCCCUAGUGGGCAGGCUGAUGGUUGAGACUCCAGGCAGUCGCUGGUCCCCCGAGCCGGCUGCUCUGCUCUGUUUGGGGGGGUCAUCACCUCCCCGGUGUUGUCAUGGUGACACCAGGACUCCGCCCCCGGCUCAGGGUCGUCUCAGAAAGAAGGAGUGAAGUAGAGGGCCUCGUGUUGGUAAUG